ACGAGUGAUGCGUAGUGAGUACCUCCAAAGUGUGAAAGAGGCUUGCAUCAUGUUGGAAAAUCUCUGUAAAAUGUGAGAUUUUGUUGUGAUUAUGAAGAGAGCCAACAAAGUUUAUGUUACUGGGUGCAAAGAUUUAUCGUGCUUUCUCCUUGGCAUCAUGUGAGAAGACUUAUUUGCUUUCUUUGGCCGGCGUCAAACGGUUUAUGAGGGUGGGCGCUGCGUGCGGGCCUUGCCCCAGAACGUGCUCGUCUGGUCCUUAACAAAGGUCUAUUCAAUAUGGAAUCUUCAUCUCUUAAUGGUGGCAUGAGAGAUCAUCAAAAGGUGGCUACAAUUUCCGCUCCCUUGACACCAAAUCGAAAGAAAACCAUGAAUGGCUCCACUCCAGGCAAUGGUAAAAAACUGAGAGUUUCACCUGCUGGCCAAAGUUAUGCUGUCGGAUCUCGUGUAGAAGCCAAAGACUUCAAAGGCCAUUGGAAUCCAGCAACUGUGUCAGAAGUUGACUGGGAUGAACGGGAGAUUUUAAUUCAUUUUGACAAGUAUGAAGAGUGGAUGCCCAUGGACAGUCAGCGUGUUCGCCCCUAUAAAGAACCAGAUGCUUCAAGCCUAUAUCCUGCAAGCCUGAACCUCGGCAGAAUUACUGGCAUGAACGGGCGCUAUUUUCCUGAAUCAAAGCCUGUGGAGAGGCGAUUUAAAGUUGGAGAACAGGUUAUGGCAGCUUGGACUAACAAUCGGAAGUAUCCAGCUACUAUUGCCAAUCACCAACCCAAUGACCGCUAUGAAGUGAUAUUUUAUGACGGAUUUGCCAAAUCUGUAAGAGGGAGCAAAAUUUCUAAAAUGAAGGAGUCUGAUUCAUUGGCAAAGCAUUCUUUGAACCAUUUAAACAAUAAGGUGCCACCCAUUCAUAGUAACCAUCUCCAAAUGCAACCGCAAUUUCUAUCUCAACACACUGCUCUGAGUAAUCAGCUCAAAAGCCAACACCUAAAUGGCAGUAUGAAUAGCUCUAUGCUCUCAUCAAAAUCUAGCCUUCAAGCUGGUCAGAGUCAACUCGAAAAGCAGCUUCUUCAACCACCUUCACUCCCUGCAGCUUCUCAGUAUCCAUAUCUUAGUCCUACUGUGAACAGUCUUCGUUUUGAUGAGAACAUAGGCACAAAAGAACAACGUCGAGAGAGAAAGAGAAAACACAAUGUGAAAGAACUUUUCUCUACCAAGCGCCCUAGAGGAUCUGAAAAACUUUCAUCCUCUAAAGUGCGCGCUGAGAAGAAAUCUGGUCCUGCCACUUCCCAAGAAUCUAGUGUAGCAGCUUCAUUAUCAAUGCCUACUAACACUGAUCAUAGUCAAGUCAACGGGCUGUUGCUAGGUGUUGAUCCCAUGUUUCCUGCAAAUCCCAUGAAGGUUGAGGGAAUUCCACCUCCAUCAUUGAACCACAGUAACAAAGACAAAACUUUAUCAGAUCUUUCAGAAACAGAAGGAAAGAAGAAGCGGAAAAGGUUAAAGAAGAAGCACGAUGGUUUUGGGUCUGAUACCACAGAAUCAUCUUCCUCUCAAAAACGUUCGAAACCUGUCUCAUCUGAUGAUGAUGAAUGUAGCAUCCAGUGGACUAAUGGAGAACCUCAGGGUGAAGCUGCCUAUGUUAUUGAAAGCGCUGAGGGAUUGAGAAAAUCCAUAAUUGUAGAUGACCGAAGGUUGCCUGUAGGCUGGAGCAAGCAUGCUAUACGUCGCCAAGGUGGAACAUCGGCAGGAAAGUGGGAUGUCUUUUUAGUGAGCCCGAGGGACGGGCGCAAGUUCCGUUCUCGCAACGAACUUCGGUCAUACCACGAUGAACGUGGUCUCCAGUUCCAAGUGGAGCGUUUUGAUUUCUCCCUUGGUCGCAAAAAGAUGUAUCGUCAGAAAGCUGCAGCAGCAGCCAGGGCAGCUGCUCAAGAAGAUAGACCUGAUUCAUCUUCACCGGUUCCAACUGCUCAAGGCUCUGAUGCUUUGAACAUACCCCUCUCUCCGUCAUCCCUCGCUGAUCAUUCAGCCACACAGACACCAGGUCUUCAUCCUCCUGCGCCUCACUCACUGACUCCCCAAGUGGUAUCCCAUGGUGUCCAGCGCGUCAAAACCCUACUUCCGAGGCGAACGUCGUCGUCAUCAGGAUCUCCUAACCGCAGGGUCUUAUCUCCACCACCACCUCAUGCCGUCACACCUCAGCCCAUAAUGCCUAUCAUCCCCUCCAUUGAAUCUCUCAACAAAAAGAGUUUAUCUGCUGGCAGUGAUGGAUACAUAUGUCCCAAAGAUGGUUGCGGAAAGAGGUUCCGAAAAGAGAAUUUGCUUCAAAUGCACAUUAAGCAUUAUCAUCCUGAAUAUACUGCAUUUAUGGGUUCCACUCCCAAUGUUGCUGAUCUUGCCUAUGCAAGAACAGUUGGAGAAUCUGUAACUGACACUCCCAACAGAAAUAGGCCAGGUCAAAGCUCAUUUAUGGAAAAACUUGAAAAGAUAUCUCGUAUGGAGGCCAACAGGAAAGCAGGUGGCGAAAUAUCUUCUUCUGUGUCUGAAGCACCUAGCAGUCUUGAGGCAAGGUCGCCUACACUGGGACAGUUGUUGAAGAAAGGCCCCAUGCGAAAAGAUUCUCUGGACGGGACCACCGCAGCAGCUCAAGCAGCAGCAGCUUGGAUGGUUGAGACUGCUAGUGAUUCAGCUGCUAACAUGUCUCCUCUACCAGAAUCUCUGCGUGACAAGACAAGCUUCAUGUCUCAAACUGUCUCCUCAGAAAAUAUCUACAUCAAAGACAAAGUGGAGUGUGUUAGUCGACCAGUGUCAAGAGCUGCCGGCCUUUCUUCAGACUGUGAUCAAGAUUCCUUUGUGGAACAGAAUGGUAACAGAAGUCCAUGGAAAGGUGGAAGUCAUGAUGGCAUAAUGUCAGCUAGUGCUUCAUCAAGCCCUGUCACUGUUCAACCUCCUCCAUCAUAUUUCUACAGUAAAAAGAAAAAAAGUCGUAUUCCAGCUGAAAAGCAGAGUACUGCUAUUAUCAAAGUAGAAGGAGGAAAACCUACCUCCCCACCCAUGGAACAUCUGCGGCGAGAAGAACUUAUAAAUUGUACUUGUGGUUUCACAGAAGAGGAUGGGCUCAUGAUUCAGUGUGACUUGUGCCUUUGCUGGCAACAUGGACUAUGCAAUCAGAUCGAAAAUAUUGAAGAUGUACCUCAGAAAUAUGUAUGCCAGAUAUGUCAAAACCCUUUUCGUGAACGCAAAAGCCGCCACUUUAUUCAUGAUCAAGAUUGGCUUAAAGAAGGUGUCUUGCCAAGCCUGCCAUUCACUGUCAAGGAAGCAGAAAAAGUACAGCAGCGUGAGGACAUUCUGAAAAGGUCUCAUGACCUUUGCUCCUUACUUUUGUUGACUCAGAAAGUUAUUCACAGUCUCCGAGUCAAAGUUCACAUUGCAGAGCAAAAGGAUCAUCCCAAACUUUACCUUUGGGCCAAUAGCUGGCAGACAGAAUCAAUGGGAUGCCCCACACCACCCUCUUCUCCGAUCCAGGAAACAGAGCAGAAACAAGAAAAUUUUGGUGUCAUGGGGAAAGGCAAGAGCCUGCUGCAGGAGGCUUUGCUAAAUGGCAGUCCCCUUCAGCAGCAGCUUCAGCAACAGCACUUCCUUCAACCGCACCAGUCUGUGGAUGCUCCAAGAAUACCUCAACCUGAAGCACCCAUCGACCCUACCGAAUGUAGACUUAAGCUCUUGGAUCAUAUUGAACAUUAUCAAUCUCUAAUUGAUGCUCGUCUCACUACCUUGGAACAAAUGAUUGAUGAAUUAGAACAUGAAGAUCCCUCCCUUCUUGAUGGCAAAAAUUCUGAUCCAGUACAAUCUGGAGUCAAACAAGGUGCCGAUUUAGAGGAGACAAAUCAUUCAGAUGAGGAUCCCGCUCUUGAUUUCCUGCCACAAACAAAGGAGACAGUUCAAAUGAUCUUACGCGACCUACUGAAUUUGAGGAAAAUAUCUGUGUUCUGUUGAUUUAUUAGCAUAGCAUAAUAGCAUAUACUGUAUCUAUCUGUUUUAUUGAAAGGGUAUGUAAGUUUAUUGGUAUCCUAAGUUGAAAAAAAAGAAAAACUUUGAGGAAAAAAACACACCUACUUGUCUUUUUCAUAUGUUGUUUCAUAAUGAGAUUUUACUAGGUUGAUUACAUGUAGUAGUCGAUUCAUAUGUAUGAUAGUGUUGUACACUGUAGAGAUAAGUGUUCUCUAUGUUGUGAUAAGGUAGUUUUCGGUUCUGUACCAAAGCUGUAAGUUGUUGUCUAGUUUACCCUGUAUAUUUGUACAUAAUAUGAAAAUAGAUCUACAUCUAUUGUAAAACAUGUACAAUGUACAUUCUUUU